AGUUUGAGAGCUAAUCUCUCCGUGAAUUUUUCUCGAGAAGAAAAAAGAAAAAGGUUGAAACUUUGGUGGUCUGUGUGGUCAACAUUUUGGUUUGGUUGAGUGCACGCACCGACGUCAAUUGCAUUAAAGCUUCUUUUUGUCAAAAAAAUGGAUCUGGCCGUAAUCAUUAUCACCAACUCUUCUCUCCUUUAGUGCUGCCUCCUCUUUUCUCAAAACGUGUAAACAUCUGAAGUCUUAAUUGAAUUGGUCUUUGUUCUUCUGGGAAAUUGCAUCAAAGUCAGCUCCAAAGUUCUAGACUUUCGAUCAGGGUUGUUGAUUUUUCUGGUCAAAGUUUCGAUCUUGAUCGAACUGAAAGAGCUAUAUAAAGUCGUGUUACUACUACUAUUGCAUUUGGGCAAUUUGAUCUCUUUUUGGGAGUAUCUGAUGAAAUGAGAAGCAGUAGAUAUGCUUGGAGGAGGAGGAGGAAUGGGUAAUUGGCAUUAUUGGGCUCGUUUAGUUUUAUGGUUGAUUCUGAUCUCUGGGUUCUUGGUGUUAACCUUGGAAGAUUAUUCAGAAAAAGAUGAGGCUUUUCUUACUCAAAUAGUGCCUCCUUCAGCAAGGAAGGUCAAUGAACAUAUGGUAGAAUCAUCAUGGACGCAGCGUUGUUGGCAAGAUUCAGAUUGUGUGAAGGAAGCUGUUGCGGUAUUCAAUUUAUGUUUACCAUCAUCAUCAAAGGAUAACUGGGACCUAUUCGGUUUCAAGCAUUCUCACCUGAAGCAGACUCUUCUUGGUUGUAUCCAAGAACAUGCUAAGUUGAAUGGCCAUAACCUCCAGUAUCUCAAGCUCUUACCAUCUCUGCUUGAUACUCCAAGGAGAAAUCUAGCUUCUAGACCUCUCUCCCUUUCUCCUUCCCCUUCCCCUUCCCUUGCUCCUAAGCGCAGUCGAGGCCCACCUACUCGAUCAAGAUCCCCAUCUCCCCGUAAUUCCUUUUUUCCACCAUCAAGUUCUCCACCUCCUGCUAAGAAAAGCGGUUCUAUAAAUUCAACUUCUGGACCAGCUUCAUCUCCUAAAACAAAACAGGAACAUGAGAAAACAAUCAUCAUAGCGGUUGUUGCCACUGCGGUUUCAACGUUUCUGCUUGCUGCAUUGCUCUUCUUGUGUUGCACCAGGGUUUGUGGAAAGGGUUCAGGAGGCCGGAAAAAUGAUGAACGGCCUCUUCUCAGUUUAAGCAGUAGCGAUCACUCCGUUGGUUCUUCCAUAAACUAUGGUGGUUCUAUAAAAGGCAAUCAAUCCUAUAACAUUUACUCAAACCAAGGAAAGAUUUCAUCUUUCGAUGGAAGCAACUCCGACACUUCUGAUUCCUUAGAGGAAAGGCUAUCACACGAAGGAGUGCGUAAUAAUAAUAGUAUUAACGGCAGUCACGGGGGGCUUCCUCCUUUGAAGCCUCCACCUGGAAGAACAUCUUAUGCACAUUUAGGGAAGCCUCCUUCUGGAAAAGUUGAGCCUCUUCCACAUGAACCACCCAAGUUUCUCAAAGUAACCUCACACAAGGGUCCUGCUCAUCCUCAGCCGCUAGUUCCACCACCGCCCAUGCCAUCUUCUGCUGGUCCUCCACGACCACCUCCUCUAGCUCCUCCACCUGGUGGUUCUGGUGGCCCUAAGCCACCUCCUCCUCCUGGUGGUUCUAGUGGGCCUAAGCCACCUCCUCCUCCUGGUGGUUCUGGUGGUCCUAAGCCACCUCCUCCUCCUGGACCAAAAGGACCUCGUCCACCUCCACCGAUGAGUCUUGGUCCAAAAGCUCCUCGACCGUCUUCUGGACCAGCAAAAUCAUCAGAUGAUGAUAAUGGUGCUCCCAAAACAAAGCUGAAGCCAUUUUUCUGGGAUAAAGUACAAGCAAACCCUGAACAUUCAAUGGUUUGGAAUGAUAUAAGAUCAGGGUCCUUCCAGUUCAAUGAAGAGAUGAUAGAGUCGUUAUUUGGAUAUGCAGCUGCAGACAAGAAUAAAAACGACAAGAAGGGAGCCUCUGGACAAACUGCACCACAGUUCGUUCAGAUUCUUGAACCAAAGAAAGGACAAAACCUAUCGAUUCUCUUGCGUGCUUUGAAUGUGACUACUGAAGAAGUGUGUGAUGCACUUCGUGAAGGGAAUGAGCUUCCUGCAGAAUUCAUUCAGACUCUGCUAAAGAUGGCGCCAACACCUGAAGAAGAGCUAAAGCUUAGAUUGUACUGUGGUGAAAUAGCUCAGCUGGGAACAGCUGAACGAUUCCUGAAAGCAGUAGUUGAUAUUCCUUUCGCUUUCAAGCGUCUAGAGGCACUUCUGUUUAUGUGUACACUUUAUGAAGAAAUUGCCUUUGUAAAAGAAUCGUUUCAGACAUUGGAGGUUGCUUGUCAAGAACUUAGAGGAAGUAGGCUGUUCCUGAAGCUCCUAGAGGCGGUUCUCAAGACCGGAAAUCGAAUGAACGAUGGUACAUUUAGGGGUGGGGCUCAAGCAUUUAAGCUGGACACUCUUUUGAAAUUAGCAGAUGUGAAAGGAACCGAUGGGAAAACAACGCUGCUCCAAUUCGUUAUUCAAGAGAUAAUCAGAACAGAAGGAAGGAGAGCCGCGCGUGCCAUCAGAGAGAGCCAAAGCUUCUCUAGUGUCAAAACAGAGGAUCUAAUGGCAGAGGAAGCCUCUGAAGAGAUGGAGGAAGAGAACUACCGCAGUCUUGGACUUCAGAAAGUCUCAGGCCUUAGCGGUGAGCUACAACAUGUGAAGAAAUCAGCAAACAUCGAUGCUGAUGGUUUGACAGGGACCGUUCUGAAAAUGGGUCAUGCCUUGUCGAAAGCCAAAGACUUUGUCAACUCAGAGAUGAAGAGCUCAGGUGAGGAGAGUGGGUUUCGUGAAGCGCUUGAAGAUUUCAUUCAAAACGCCGAAGGAAGGAUUGUGUCGAUUCUAGAGGAAGAGAAGAGGAUAAUGGCUCUGGUGAAGAGCACAGGGGACUACUUCCAUGGGAAAGCAGGGAAAGACGAAGGGUUGCGUUUGUUUGUGAUUGUACGCGAUUUCUUGAUAAUCUUGGAUAAGAUCUGCAAAGAGGUAAAAGGAAGACCGGUGAAGAUUGCGAGGAAACAGGGUUCGACAGCCUCAGCUUCUUCUGAAACUCCAAGACAACCACCGUCGUUAGAUCCUAAACAGAAGCUGUUUCCAGCUAUUACAGAGAGACGAAUGGAUCAGUCUAGUUCAGAUUCAGACUAAAAAAACACAAUCUUGGGUUUUGUUACUUGUUAGGACGUAAAAAAUCCUCUGCGGUUUUGCUGAUUAGCUUCUGGUCGUUUGGUCACAGUUGCAGAGACGUCUGGUUAACUGAUGAUGAGAUGAACAAAUCACAAAAGAGCGUUUGAGGUGAAAAGCUGGUACUGACAUUCUCGGCCUUAGUUUUAGAACAGAGAGUCACACUUCUUGAUUCUUGUUGGCUUGUAGAAUAGUACUCCUUGUGUGUUUGCUUUUGUAACAUUAUUAUCAGUUACACAUUAUUAUUCAUUUUGACUUGAAACUAAAGCAACCAAACUUUUAAAUUAAUGAUAAAUUGCAGAAAGCUUCA